UGGAGUGCUAGGUCUAAAGGCACCACUGCCUGGAGAAUUUUUGUUUUGUUUUGUUUUGUUUUUUAAUUUAAAAAUAAAAGUGGGGCACAGAGCGAGCAGGGGCUGGAGCGAGUAGGGCCAUAGUGAGGGAGAAAGGGAAGGCAGAAAAUUUAAAUAAAUACAUAUACAUAUAUACAUACAUGAAAGUGAUAGGUUGCAUAUUUUAUAGACUUAUUUAUUCUAUAUAUGAUUGCUUAUUUGUGGUACUUGAGUAUAAUUUGGUAACUCUCAGGAGGUGAAGUAGGUUUCUUGAAAGACAUAAGCCCUUUGUUUCUGCUUACAGUGUUUAGUAGAGUUAGUGUUGUGGAGUAUGGACUUAGUUUCCUUGGCUGGGUCUCUUUCUGAGGUAACAACUGAGAGUUAGUACCCUUAUCAAGCAUUAGCUUUGCUAUAAUUCAUAGAGAGGACAGCAAAGAUACAGUGUUAUUAUAGGGGUUUAAUUAACUCACUCAUGAAGAAUAGAUGGCCAUUUAAAUCCUCAGUAAAGUGUAAUGAAUAAUGUUAUUAAAGAACUUGGAGAUGAAAAUAAUUACACAACUAAUUUUAAUUUUAAUAUUACUUUUUAGGUACUUUUUUUCAAUUAACUUUUUUUUCAAAGAAGACUAGUAUAUAUUGAUAUGAACUGCUAUUUUGUGAGGGUUUUUCUCUCACUUCCUGAUGGUCUUGUCACUGUUGUAGAGCUUCUCUUAUAGCCAGGAACAAUUUGGAAACCGCUAUGCAGGGUAGAGUGUUAGUGGUAAUCAGAGGGUUGGCCACAGCAACUGUCAGGGGAUAAUUUACUUAUGUCGCUGAAGCAAAUGGCAAACUUAGAUGGAAACUGUAACAACAUGAUAAUAAUACUGUUUUUUUUCUUUUCCUGUUUUCUUUUUUCUUUUCUUCUUUUUCUUUUCCCUGUGUUUCUCUAUGUAGCUCAAGCAUGCCUUGAACUGUCUUUGUAGCCCAGACUGGCCUUUUGAUUGUCCAGCUUCAACCUUCUAACAGCUGCGAUUACAGAUUGAAGAGUUGCCAUGCAGCAAGAAACAGAGAGAUGUAGAGUUCGAACCAAAAGGCCUGACAUGGCACUUUAUGUACCUAAAGCUCGAAGGAGAACAGCUCUCUUCAAAUCAGGUGACCAGGAGGAAGGCCACGGACCUCCUGCCUUUGUGCCAAAAGAACAAAAAGAAGGUUGUCUUCCCCAGAAGAUCUCUGCAAGUAAACCUGAGGCCCAAAGACUAGGUGCAGGUCAUUCUGACAGAAAGGAUGUUGACUGUAGGGAAGGAAAGAGAUCUUCAUCAAAAUUAAGGAAAGAUGGGUGCCCACAAAAAAAGAAUAAAGAGAAGGCUUGUUCUAAGAAAGGAACUGAAGAAUCCAUAGAAGCCUUAUCCCAAGAACAUCAACACAGAGCUCCCGACACUGGGGUUAUAUCUAGUAUACCUUUACGAAGACUUCUUAAACCAAAGAAGAUAGAGUGUUUGGAAGUUCAGACCGCAGGAGCAACAGGACACUGUGGGGUGUCUCCAUCGCAGUCUUCCUCAGAAGUCAGUGCUGCUCAAGUUCCAAACAGACCAUUCCAGAAUGUGGAACUCUGUGAUUUCAGUGGGGAAACUUUUGUAAAUAGAAAUUUGGAAAGCAGCAUUGUAACUGGGGCUGAAGUUACAGAGCUAGUCACCCAAUUUCCUCAAGUUGUUACCACUCUGCUAAAACAAGAUGGUAUGGCUAUGCCAGUAACACUAAGUUCUGAUUCUGAAACUGUACCAUGCAGUAUGGAAACAUCAGAUGGAGUGUCCAAACACAGUCCUGGGAACAUCUCUGCAGUCUCUGUUUCUGGAGGUCCAGAUGAUGAUGUCGAUUCAACUUUUGUAGACUUUGAAGCUGAGAGUGAGGGUACAGUCAACAGUACAGAGUCUGUCCUGGGUCAAAAAGGUGUAGAUUCUAUUCCUGAGACUAUGAAUAACGUUUCUCUUAAAAUGGCUAUAGUCAGUAAAUUAGAGAGCACAAAUGGCAUUAUUGAUCCAGCAGUGACUAGAGAAUGUGAGAGUGACAGCUCUGCUGAUGAGUUAUGUGUAAAGUCUGAACCUUCUGAUACAGCGGUCCUUGUUCAUGAAAUUGACACAGAUAAUGGAUUUAGGAAUGUAUGUGACAGUACCAGUAAGGCAUGUAUGGUGGGCAUUGCAGGUACAGUUUGUGACCCUAUAACUGGAGGCAGCCCUUGUACAGUUGCAGUCGGAGAAUCUGGUGAGAGUAGUGACAACACAAGAAAUUUCUCAGAUUAUAUAGAAAUGAGUGCAGAUGUAGCCCCACUUGAUACAGCUAAGAGUAAGAAUGACUCUGAAAACAUUAGCAGCCUAAGUGCUUGCUCAGAUAUUUAUGCUGAAAGUAGUGCAUCUGGUUUUACAGAGUCAACAGGAAGGUUGAUAGGAAGUGUGUCAGAUUGUGCUUCCUCUUUACCCAUAAGCAAGGCUGCUGAUAGUAAUAUUACCACUUGUCUGGACUCUGAACUGAGGAUGUCAAAUGCAUCAGAUGUGCUUUUGAAGAGUGCCUUGGGCAGUGAUCUGGAUAGCACUGAGGAGAUGACAGAGGCCUUGCACAACCUAAGAACUGCUGAAGAGUUUAAAACAAAUGAGGAAGAUAACUCAGAGAGUGUAGUGUGUGGCAUAUCAUUUUCUGACUCAUCUGUGGAAACAUCUGUAGAUCUAAAAACAACAGACACUUCUCACAUACAAGGAAGUAUUGCUGUGGAGGAAAGCUGGGAAUCUAUGUUUAAUGAUGAUGGUGAUUGUGUAGAUCCGCGUCUUCUACAAGAGUUAUCUGGGAAUAUGAAGAACAGAAAAAGCAUCCAGGAGCCUAGAUUUGAUUAUUACAGCCAUGAACUUCCUGAUAUUGACCUCAGUGAAUGUGAAUUCCCACAUGUCAUUGAAAUUUAUGACUUUCCUCAAGAAUUUCGUACAGAAGACCUUUUGCGGAUUUUCUGCAGUUACCAAAAGAAAGGAUUUGAUAUUAAAUGGGUAGAUGAUACACAUGCCUUAGGAGUUUUCUCCAGUCCAAUCACAGCUCGAGAUGCCCUGGGUAUUAAACAUACAAUGGUGAAGAUCCGGCCCUUGUCACAGGCCACAAGAGCAGCCAAGGCCAAAGCUAGGGCUUGUGCUGAGUUUCUCCAGCCAGCAAAGGAAAGACCUGAGACUUCAGCAGCCCUAGCCAGAAGGCUAGUCAUCAGUGCCCUUGGGGUUCGAAGCAAACAGAGCAAAACUGAUCGGGAAGCAGAGCUCAGGAAACUUCAGGAAGCCCGAGAGAGAAAACGGCUGGAAGCCAAGCAACGGGAAGACAUCUGGGAAGGCAGAGACCAGUCCGUGGUUUGAAUAUUCACUUCCUGAAAGGAAUGAAUCCAUGAAUUAGGAAGUGUUUGAUAUUCUUGAGACAAGAGGAUCCUUCCAGAGCCGUGCACAUACAGAUGAGCAUAUAAAACGUGAGCAAGACAGACAACUCAGAGAAGGAGUCCAGUCCCCACUCUUGAACUUAGACCUGUCCACUGUGAUAGAGACAUUAAAAGGAACUAUCAUGUGGGAAGGAAAAUGGAAGACGUGGCUUCUGAGAUUCCUGAGUGGAGCAGGUCAUGAUUGUAUGGGUCAGGCCUCCAGGAAGUCUGAAGCAAAUGUAAAGCAAAACAGAGGAUUCAAGCCUGCAGUGAUGGGAGUCGGAGGUCCAUGGCAGGGUGUUCCUUAGUGCCUCUCAGAGUUGAGAACUGCAGGAUGAGGGACAGCAGUAAGAGGGGGAGUGGAAGCAGCUCACAGACGUGAGUGCCUGGUGCACUCGGAGUGUACAGAGUCUACACUGCUGGCCUAGAACUCAAAAGCCACUGGCACAUCGUAGGUGUUUGGACUCCUGAGUUUGUUCUAAGCUUGGUGCCUCGUACUGCUCCAGCGGCCAGGGGUCUGCUACCUUCCUUCCUCCUGAAAACCAGUCCUAGGGAGCUGAGUGCCAGCUCCAGUUUAAUCAGUGAUAAUGUUGUGAGAGGGAGAAAUUAAAGGCUACUUUAUAACAUAAAUCAUUAUGGUGUUUAUAAAUCUUAAUCCCCACCUAAAAACCAACAACAUGGGAAAAAGAAAACAGAAAAACCUGUAGAUGAGUUCUCUAGUCUUCAUGUCUCUGAUGAUGUGCCUGGUUUAAACAGGUACUAACUUUUAUCAGCCCAGAAGUAUAGUGCUGUCUUUUCUGCGCUAGAGUAGAUUCCUCAGACCGCCUUGGCAGUUCUAUGUGGCAGCUUCUCUUGCCCUCAUCUCAUGCAUCUUACAUCCAUUUUUCCAUAGCUGUCAAAUCUGACACCCCACAGGAAGCAUCUGGCACACAGUAUGUGCUUGGUAUGGUCUUAGCCUGUGCCAGCCGGGCUUGGCAAGCAGCUCCAGACCAUCCAGUACAGUGAUGAGCCACCAGGAUACAAUAAACACCUCUAGCAGUGAACAGUCUCCAAAAGGACGCGGGCAGGUUAGACCUCCAGCUCAGCCUCUGUCUCACAGCUACCUUCUUGGUGGUUUUGGAAGGUAGUUCUGUGCUGAAGAAACAGUAGUGCUAGUCUCUAAGGUGCUGAAGUGGCAGGAACUGGUGUCACACUGUGUUUUCAACUGGGGCAGGUUUCUUUUUAUACCCAUGACAAUGAUGGAUUAUUAGCUUUGUCUAGAACAUGGUAGAAUGGGGCUCUUCAGCUAUCCCUAGAUAUCCUGGCCUUGGGUCUGAGUCCUGACCUGUCCCUGUUGCUAGUCCUGUCUGGAGCUCUGUCACAGUUCAUCAGCAUUGUUUCUUCAUUGCAGGUUUGCUUUUCCAGAGGCCCUGUACACCAUUCCAUAUGUGGGGAAAUACAUUGUUUUCUUGAUCCUCUGUCUCUACUUAAGUCUUUGGCUUCCACUUGGACAGCCUGUGCUCUGUUUUUACUCUGUUUACUAUGCUCUGUUUGAGCAGUGGAUACAUUGAAAGAAAAUACCAAGGAUUCCAGUAUUGCCUUUUAUUAUUUUUAUGUUAUUUAUUAACAAUAUAUUAUAAAUAUAAUAUUUAUUUUUGUA